AUGGCGUCGGCCCAAGAAGAUGAUAUGUAUCUGUUCCAGACUGGCCUCGACCAAACCCCAGCAUUUGCUGGUCAGGAUUUCGACGCAUUUCUGGAAACCCCGGCUCCCGACCUUGACCCCUCGGCAUCGCCUCCCGGCUUCCUCAACCCGAAUGACUUGACGAUAAAACGCGAGGCUGACUCGUUCAGCCCGCUUCAUCACAGCGAUGCGUUUGCGCGUGCAUCUAGGGGGUCUGCUUCAGGAUCCAGCAGCUCGUCUUCCGAAGAUCCUGCGGACCGCACACGCCACAUGUCCGCUGCCUCGACAGCCUCCCCUCCAGCACACGAUACAUUACAGAGCAACUGGGGAAGCGGGAUAAAUGGAAUUUCAAUAUCAUCAGAUGAGCCGCUGUUCGAGGACACCACCAUGGCCGGCCUGGACCAAGAUUUCGAGGCCAGUAAUCAACAGAUGGCUUCCGACUUCGACUUUGAUACGGCAGCCAGUACACCUAGCGGGUUUGACGCAACAAAUAAAAGCAAUCAGGUCAAACCCUCGUUAGCUAAACAGCCAUUUGACCGAAAAGUCGAUUUCUCCCAUUUUGGACAGCGGCCUCCUGCUGCCCAACUACCAAGCGGCCAAGCUCAGUUUUUCUUUGCUGGCUCCAGAGAGGCAUCUCCUUUGAAUGCGAUGCUUCCAUCUGCGCAAGGCCAUUCCCCAUGGAGCAAGCACUCUCCAUCAUCUGGCCUGGAGGAGACCUUCAACCAUAUCACCAUGAAUGGAGACUCACCUGGUAAUGCGACAUUCUCACCUAAUCUACAAUUUUCGACGGCUGGAUUCACCUUUGACGCGGACUCCAGUGCGACACCUUCCACUUUCGCCAAAGAUAUCUCUUCUCCACCAUCCACGGUCAAUUCUGCCGAGGGGUCGCCGACUCUGACAGUACAUCCCACCUCACUCAAAUCCCGUGUCGAGACUCAGAUACCGAUCAAGAUGACCCUUUCGUCACUCCCGGCCGGCGUUAAAAAACUGAGGCUCCCAAGGCACACAGUCUCCAAGCCCAAGUUCCUCGCCAAGCCAGAGGUUCCGCGGUCGCCAGAGAUUUUGGAGCUUCACACGUCUCUGGUUUGUACGAGCGCCAUGCAAGAUAGGGUUAAAUUACAACGGGCAUUGGCACGUGCUAGGGGCGAAGAACAAGGCCAAUUUACUCGGUCGAGCCCUGCUUCCACCGAGUCGAGCAGCUCGAAGGAUGACGAGGACAAGCCUUUGAAUGGCGGUGAGGUUCGCAUUUGUACGGGAUGCAUACAACGGGAAAGGAAAAGGGCUUCGAGGAAGAAGCAGAAGAAGCCCGAGGAAGAGGAGCUUUUUCAGAGAGACGAAGAAAGGAGAGUGGUUGUUUUCAACACCAAUGAAGUCAAAGAUUGGGCAGAAGUUACCCAUGAGCCCAACGACGCGCAAAAUACCCCCCCUUCAGGAGCGGUGCAGGUGGAGCUACCCAUGCGGAUAGCCUGCUAUUGUCGGCAUCAAAACGAGAAAAUGGGGUUCCAAGUGAUAUUCACAAUCAAGGACUGUCGAGAUAAGGUCAUUGCUCAGGCCAUGACCAACCCCAUCAUGAUCACAGAUGACCACAAAACCCACAAUCCACCAGCGGUGACCCCGAAUCAGCCGCCACCUUUGCCGACUCCAGGACCACAGUUGCCAGGAGCAGGCGUCUUCUCUAGUACUGAUCAAGAGAUACAGCCUCAGAUCCAGGACGUCAAUCCGAAAAUGUCCAGGCAGGCAUACUCCAUGACCGAUCUGCAUGCAUUGCAGCAGACUUUCACUCCCAAAUUUCCAAUGGCUGCCACGAAUACUCCAUACGCCAUUCCAUCUGCUGCCUCAAGCCAGGCAGUGGCCAAUUUUAUACCACGAAAUCUCUCCAGACCUGCUUCUCCAAGCGGCCCGUCAGGUCCAACUUCGAAGAGAAGGAAGCAAAGCGGUUCCGGCAAAUUGCCAUCUGGCUUGACAAUGACUCGGCUCGACACGUCGCAAGCGCUCCCUGGACCUUCCACCAUGCCUAACACUGCCGCGUCGUCUCCAUACGCUCCAAAUAUGGCAUCGUACAUUGGGCCAAACGACCGUUCAUUUGCGAUGCCUCCUGCUGCCCGCCCUACACCAUAUGGUAACAGUCCUCCAACGCCCAAUGGAGUUGAUCCCUCUUUUGCUGCCAAUAUCAAUCGCUCAAUAAGUCACGAAAACCUUACACGACAAGUAAUGAUAUCGGCACCGCCAUCACGUCAGCCAAGCAGGCCUGGUAGCCCCGGGUCUGCAAGGAACAGCUUCGGAGCAGCUGACGCCGCCUUCGGCCAAGCGGUCAACAAUCAAUUGAUGGGACAACCUGCCCGACGGCCACCGCCGCUGAUACACAAACUAGUCCCCUUUGAAGGCUCUGUGACUGGCGGCACCGAGGUCACACUGCUAGGGAAUGGCUUUUACCAGGGUCUCGAAGUCAUGUUCGGUGACACUGAGGCGACCACCACGACAUUCUGGGGAGAAAAAUGUUUGAACUGCAUUGCACCUCCAGCUCUGCAGCCAGGUGUCGUGACUGUUAUAUUCAAGCACGAUCAUCCACAAUAUUCGUCAAUGCCACAGCAAUCCCAGCCUCGCCAGAACUUCUUUACUUACGUGGACGAUAGAGAAUUGGAGAUGUUCCGGUUGGCGCUACGUACCCUUGGCAAGCAAUUACAGCAUCCAACUGAUGACCCGUACUCGGCUGCCCAGCAGCUUUUGCAAGGGCAGUCUCAUUCCAUGUGGCUCGGACAUAGCACUUACGGGGUAGGUGGAGGACAUCAACGCGUACAUAGGCAAAUUGCUGGAGCUCCAAUGGAUACGCUCGAGUUGGAAGCUAUGAUGUUGCAGGUGCUGGAAGGGAUGGACUCCCAAAGGCUUUUCAGAGCCCCAAGGUUUGAUUUGCGCCGCCCAUCUGGCCUCACCCUGCUGCACUUGGCAGCUUCAUUAGGCCUCACGCGAUUCGUCGCGGGACUGCUUGCGAGAGGAGCGGAUCCCAAUAUGGUCGACAAUAACGGCCACACACCUAUGCAUCAUGCUGCAAUGAACGGUCACACGCAUGUGAUCCACCGGCUGCGCUUGACAGGAGCAAAUCACAAAGCCCGCAGCAUUCGCCAGUUUACGCCUGCUGACCUUGCGACGUCUUUGCUUGCCUACCAGGCCACCAUAUCGCCCAUGGAGCACUAUCGGUCACGGAGCGCUGGAGGAACACCGAUGCGACUACAUAGUCGCAGCUCCUCUUCUCUUCGCUCAUUCUGGGAGAAUGCAUCGAAUCAUUACGCAACCACUGACACGGAUGACUCGGACGAUUCGGACGAUUUUGACGACGAGACGCCUACCAGAGUCACAUCCGAAGAACCGGAUCUCGCGCAGGUUCUCGGGCAGACUAACCGAAUGCAAACGGUCAGUGUUCCUCCGUCCCGAAGGGGCAGCAUGCCGCCCACGACGUCUCAAGCAUCCAGUUUCCCUUCGGAGGAUCUUCCAAAUGCAGCACCAGCAGUAGCUCCAGCGUUCAUGCUAGCCUGGCGGGAUCAUCUGAUAACCCAACUACAACAGUUCAACGAGAACGCACAAUCAGUGAUGCCUAGUCUCGCCAACCUCAAUGGACCUCUUGCCGCUAUCCAGGAGUAUCAGGCAUACCCCAUGAUGCGCCGUGUAAGCGCGCUUUUCCCUCAACGCACAGGUUCUAGACAGCCACAACCCGGUCAGCGCGAGGGUUGGUGGGAGACCUUAACAGGCAGAUCAUCACCUCCUGCUCCAUCUUCGCCUCCGGCAUAUAGCGAUCUGUAUCCAGAAGAGAAGGAAGGGACGGACCAGGACUGGACUAUCAAGAAGACUUCCACUCUGCGAGCAGUAGCCGAUGCAGCAGCGGACCUUCACUUUGAGCAGCAGACGGCCAGCAAGAACGCUGAAGGAAGCUCCACCUCCCAGACUGCUGCUGUCGUGAUGAGAAAGCCAAUUGAGAAAGUCGAGCUGAGCCGCGAUCGGAAAUUGUUCUUCUUCUGGAUCCCCUUACUUGCGAUUGUUUUAGCAUUGAUGGUCCGGAACUCUGGUCUCACAGACAUUUUCGCGUUGUCCAAUAGCCGGUCACGGCCUCUUGCCAAUCAAGAGGCGGUUGGGUUGUUUUAA